ACUUCUACUCUUUUACCAACAAUUUUUCUUCUUUUGCCUUCUCCAUUUCCCUCACAAUAUGCCAAGAACUACACUUGGAACAAACUUUAAUCUUUGUUUCACUAAACUCAAACGUUCAUUACCCCUACAAUCCUCUGCCGAUGAUGAUAAUGAUAAUGAUAAUGAUAAUCAACAUCAUCAACAACAACAUCGUAGUAUGCAUUUUUGCAAUUCCAUUAAAAACUUCAACUCUCUUUAUGACUUAUCAUCAUCAGAGUGCAACUCUAAUAAUAUUCCUACGUCUUUCGAUUAUAUUUACGAAUUAGACAAUAAUACCCCUGAUUUAGCCACUAUUUACGCUUCUCGGCGUUUCUUUUUUUCUAGCCCGGGCCAUUCCAAUUCUAUUAUCGACUCAUCAUCGUCAAUUUCUUCCUCUUUAGCAUCCACCUUAUCAUCCGUAGAAUCGGAUGCUCCCCUCGAGGGGAGCAUCGCGAUUCCAACGGAUUCACCCGACCCGUAUUUGGAUUUUCGACGAUCGAUGCAAGAAAUGGUGGAGGCACGUGGAUUAAGUGAUAUAAGAGGCAAUUGGGAAUCGUUACAUGAACUUCUUAUGUGUUAUUUUACAUUAAAUCCAAAGAGCACACAUAAGUAUAUAGUUGGUGCAUUUUCUGACCUUAUUGUAUGUCUCAUGGAAUCAAAAUCACAACAUUUAGAUCUAUCGUCCAGCAGCACAAGUAAGUGUUACAAGAAUCCAAGUGAUGAAUAAUUUAUUAGAGUUCCAUUAAUUUAUUUUAUU